CUGGCGCCAUUUUGAGGCCAAACCUCCCGCUCUCCUGCGCUGCAGCUGGUAUCGGCUCAUUGUACGCGGUCAGCCCGUUAUCCCUGCUCCCGGGUCACCCGCUCCGUCCACGGAGCUCGUAGUGCUCACCGCGGUCUAUGCGUUUCCGUCGCUGGAGCCGCCGUUCAGCGCCCGGUGCCGGCCGUGUGAAGUUACCGUGUAAGAGCCGGUGCGCUCACGUGGAGCCCGCUGUCACCUCGCGCCCGAGCCCAUGGCGACCGCCACCCCGACCCGGCAGUCCGGCCGGCGCAGCAGCAUGAGCACCCCGCUCAGCCCGACCCGCAUCUCCCGCCUGCAGGAGAAAGAGGCGCUGCAGCAGCUCAAUGACCGCCUGGCCGUCUACAUAGAUCGGGUGCGGAGCCUGGAGAGCGAGAACAGCGUGCUGCAGCUGCAGGUCACCGAGCGGGAGGAGGUGCGCAGCCUCGAGGUGAGCGGCCUGAAGGAGCUCUACGAGACCGAGCUGGCGGACGCCCGGCAGAUCCUGGACGACACCGCCCGGGAGAAAGCCAAGCUGCAGAUCGAGCUGAGCAAGGUCCGCGGCGACUACGAGGCUCUACAACUCAGUUUUUCAAAGAAAGAAACCGACUUCAAUUCCCUUCAAGCCAAGCUCAGAGACAAUGAGGCUCUUCUCCACUCCAAAGAUGCUGCACUGAUCACUGCACAGAGCGAAAGGAAAUCUCUUGAGCUGGAAGUAGAUAACCUGAGAUCUGAGAUUGGACAGCUUGAAUCUGCUUUGGCAAAUUUCAAGAUGCAGCUUGGUGAAGAAACACUGCAGAAAGUGGACUUGGAAAACCGUUGCCAAUCCCUGACUGAGGAGCUUGAAUUCCGUAAAAAUAUCUAUGAAGAGGAAAUCAAGGAGACUAGAAAAAGACACGAGACCCGUGUGGUAGAAGUGGAUUCCGGUCGUGUCAUUGAUUAUGAACACAAACUUUCUCAGGCACUUUCUGACAUACGAGCACAGCAGGAUGAACAAAUUAAGUUCUAUAAAGAGGAGGUUGAGCAGACCUACCAAGCUAAGUUGGAGAAUGCCAAACUGUCCUCCGAGAUGAAUAGCUCUAAUAUGAACAGCACUCGUGAGGAACUCAUGGAAAGCCACAUGCGCAUUAGUAGCCUCACUGCCCAGCUGUCAGACUUGCAGAAAGAGUCUAGAGCUUGGUACGAUCGAAUGCAAGAGCUGGAGGAAUUGCUGGCUAAGGAGAGAGAUUCCUGCCGCCGUAUGUUGGCAGAAAGGGAGCGUGAGAUGGCUGACAUAAGAGAUCAGAUGCAGCAACAACUUCUAGAUUAUGAACAGCUCCUAGAUGUUAAACUGGCCCUGGACAUGGAGAUAAGUGCAUAUAGGAAGCUGCUGGAAGGGGAAGAAGAAAGGCUGAAGCUCUCUCCAAGCCCAUCGUCUCGUGUAACAGUAUCUCGGGCCUCAUCGAGCCAUAGUGUGCGAACUACCAGAGGAAAAAGGAAGAGGAUUGAUGUGGAGGAGUCUGAGGCCAGCAGUAGUGUCAGCAUUGCUCACUCUGCCUCAGCUACUGGCAAUGUGUGUAUCGAAGAGUUGGAUGUGGAUGGCAAAUUUAUCAGACUGAAGAACAACUCUGAAAAAGAUCAGCCAUUGGGAGGCUGGGAAAUCACUAGGACGAUUAAAGACAAGUCUGUGAAUUACAAGUUUACUUCAAGAUACACACUCAAAGCAGGCCAGACUGUUACAAUCUGGGCUUCCAAUGCUGGAGUACCCUCCAGUCCCCCAACUGACCUCAUCUGGAAAAACCAGACUUCUUGGGGCACUGGUGAAGAUGUGAAAGUAGUGUUGAGAAACACUCAGGGAGAGGAAGUAGCUCAGCGAACCACUGUUUUUACAACAACUGUACCUGAGGAAGUAGAAGAGGAGGCAGAAGAGGAACUAGUAGAGAUUGAGGAGGAAACACAUAGUCGGCAGGGAGCAGACCAAAGUCGUUGUGCUAUAAUGUAAUGUAACCAGUCAUCCAGUCGGAUUCCAGUCUACAGAUCUGAGCCUUUUGGAAGAAUAACUCCUUAUAUUUUUAUUUUUUUCAGUAUACCACUUAAAACAAAAAAAGCCCAAUUUAAUGGCCUUAAAUCGUGUUUUUUUUUUUUUUUUUUUUUUUUUUUAAAUACUAGUCAUGGGCAUUCUGGUUAUUUUAACGAUUGAAAUUGAGAAAUGUGAAUUGACUUGUUAGUACACUGUUAAUUCCUGAUCAUUCAGGAGUGAAAUAACUGUGAAGGCCACUCUCCUCACCAGCCAGUCCUUAGUGACUAUAAAGGUGCUGUGCAUUUGGAGGCACAUGGAACUUUCUGCUUUUUGUACUAAAUUGUUUUUAUUUUCUAUCAUGAAAUCCAAUGUUUUUUAAACCAUUUUAACCCUCCGCUUUGUUGCAAAGCGUUAUUUGUAUUAUGUGAAAAAUGCAGUUUUAUGGGAGGUUUUUUUAUUAGUUUUAGUGUGGUUGGGUAAUUGGCUAUUUUAAAUAGGAAAUCAUGGUUUAUGUGAAAUUAAAAAAAAGCUUUGUAA